AUAGUAGUAGUGACUACUGUGUCAAAUACUGAUAAAAAAUUUCACAAAUCGAUACUGAAUUUUGCCAAUUAGUUAUUUUUAGUUUCUAUUCAAUCGAUUUCUUUUGAUAAGCUGUUCAUUAUCACUAUUCGAGCUAUUUGAUUGUUUUUAUUUAUUGUUCAUGAGACACUAGUUAUUGAAAUGUUGAUAUAUAUGUUUUUUUAAUUGAAGUUAAGUAAUAAAGAAGUGAUAUAAUUCAUUAUGUCUAUCGAGAAAGAAGAUGGAGCAGUCGAAAAACUUAUGGAAGAUUGUCCAAAACAAGAGGAACCAGCAGAAGAAAAGUAUGAUAAGCUAAAAAAUUUUGAUAUGUCUGAUGAUGUUGAAAAAGCAUAUGCUGGUAUGGGAAAAGAAGAGUUGAUGAAAUAUGCGAAUAGUCCGUUUUGGGUACGGCUCAGAUUAUUAUUAUUUAUUGCAUUCUGGUUAUCAUGGUUUGCUAUGAUGUUUGGAGCAUUAUUUAUUAUAUUCAUGGCUCCUAAAUGUUUUCCACAACAAAAUAUUGAAUGGUACCAAAGAACCCCAGUGUAUGUAAUUAAUGCAACUAAUAUUGGCUUGGAAGAACUGGAUGAAAAAAUUGAUUAUUUUAAGAAACUUGGUGUUGAAAAUAUUGUAUUAUCUUCAGAAUUCAAAUUUGCUCAUGAUCAAGUAGCAGAUUUCCUAGUAGAUUUCAGCAACUCUUCUUUUGUCAGCCAUAAUUCAACUAAAGAUCUUAUAACAAAGCUUAAGGCUAAAGGUAUGAAAGUGUUGAUAAAAAUAAUUCCUAAUCAUUCUACUACAACAAAUCCGCUGUUUUUGAGAUCAAUAUUGAAAGAAACUCCUUACAAAGAUUACUAUAUUUGGAAAUCUGGUGUUAUAUCAAAUAUGGGUCAUCACCCUCCUAAUAAUUGGUUGAGUAUUACUGGAGGAAGUAUGUGGACCUGGAAUGAUAGGCGAAAAGAAUAUUAUUUACAUCAAUUUUCUGAAAUGGAGCCCGAUUUUAAUUUCCACAACAAAGAUGUUGUGAACUAUUUUGAGAAUUUGUUUAAAUUUUGGUUGGAUAACGGUGUAGAUGGAUUUUACUUAGAUAAAGUUCAAUAUUUAUUUGAGGAUAAAGAAUUUAAAAAUGAUACUAGAAUUCCAGUAGAAAGUAUAUUAACUAACAACAAUGCAUUUACAUCAUAUCUUCCUGAGUCUUACGAUUUAUUAUCAAAAUGGGGAAAAUUCAUUAUAGAAAAUUCAAAUUCAGGAAUAUUAAUCGUAGGUGAUAUUGAUAAUAAAAACAUUACCGGAGUAAAUAUAGCACAUAGUUCUAUUGCUUUGCCUAAAGAUUUUGCUGGUGAACAAUUACUACAAGCAAUCUUACUAAAAAGAACUUCAUCGCAAUGGCCAUCUUGGGAGUGGAUAUGCAGUGACUGUAAAGAUUCUUGGCCAAGAGAAAUUAACGAAGCAUUUAAUAUUCUUAGCUCUAUAUUACAAGGUGUACCCAUCAUCUAUGCUGACAAUAAUAUUUUUGAAAACAAUAUUAUUCCUAAUGUAACAUUCAUUGAAAGUACAUUAAAAGAUUUACGAGCUACACCAACAAUUGAAUUUGGCACAUUUAAUGCUAAAUUAAUAAGCGAUAAUGUGCUAGUUAUUGAUAGGGUUAUUAGUAGUUCAGAAAGUUAUAUUUUUGUUUGGAAUCUGAAUAAAAAUUCUACCAAUAUUAGUUUAUUAAGCUUUAAAGAUGUUCCAAAAGAAGCUAGUUUAAUUCUUUGUACUGAGUCUGCUUGUCCAACCCUUCCGCCUCUAAAAUCAAAAGUAAAUUGCUACAAUAUGAGUAUUGCAGCACAGUCAGCUAUUGUACUGAAGUUUUAAAUAAUUUAUUACAGUUAGUGUAAAAUGUAUUUAUUUUUAACUAUUAUUUUCAAUUAUUUGUAAUCACAAUUUGUUAUAACUUUUUUCCUAUGUAUAAUAGUUUAAAAAAUUAAGUUAAUUUUUACUUUUAUUUAUAAAAAAUAUUUUAUUAUUUUGUCACACAAAGAAAUUUAUUUACAUUAAAUUUAAUA